AAGAUAAUAUUGUUCAGAGCUUUACGUGUGGACGGAUUUCGAUGGAUCUGCAGCUGAAGUAACUUUGGAGCACAAUCUGAGGAACAAUUGGAAGCCUGUGUGGUUUACCGAGCUAUGCAUUUCCAGGACUGGUUACGGUCACUUCGCUCCAGCGCUGGACUCAAAAGUUCUGAAUCAGAGGACUUCUGGAGUCUUCUCCCGUCUCUGCCCCUGUCCUCCUUCUCCCUGUCCUCCCUGUCUCUGUCACCCUCCUCUCUGCUGGGUUUAGGAGCCCUCGCCUCUCUUACCGCCUACUGGCUGGUGACCCGUCCUCGACCCAUGCGUCCUCCCUGUGAUCUGCAGGCCCAGUCUGUAGCUGUGAAUGGAGAUCCCAGCUGCAGGCGAUCGGCUCUCCUUAAAGAUGACUCACUGCUGGAGUUUUACUACGACGACACCAGGACGGCCUAUGACAUGUUCCAGAGAGGCCUGAGGAUCGCAGGAAACGGCGCGUGUCUUGGCUUCAGAAAGCCGGGGCAGCCCUAUGAGUGGAUCCCCUACACUGAGGUGGCUGAGCGGGCACAGGUGCUGGGCUCUGGGCUGUUGGCCAAAGGCUGCCAGCCCAAUCCACAACAAUUUGUCGGGAUAUUUGCACAAAACAGACCAGAGUGGAUAAUCUCAGAGCUGGCCUGCUACACGUACUCCAUGGCGGUGGUGCCUCUGUAUGACACACUGGGACUGGAGGCCAUGGUCCACAUCCUCAACCUGGCGGAGAUCUCUCUGGUGAUCUGCGACCGGGAGGAGAAGGCAGCAGCUUUGUUGGAGAACAAGGAGAAAGGCGUGACUCCGACGCUGUCCUGCCUGGUUCUCUUUAACGAUUUCAGCGAUGCAUUUGUAGAGAGGGCGAAGAACUGCGAGGUGGAGGUUUUGAAACUGGAAGAGCUCAUGGACCUGGGAAGGCAGAACCUCAAAGAUCCUGUGCCGCCCCAGCCUCAGGAUCUGGCCGUGGUUUGCUUCACCAGUGGAACCACAGGGAAGCCCAAGGGAGCCAUGAUCACCCACGGCAACAUCGCCUCCAACACUUCCUCUGUCAUUAAGAUCCUGGAGGGUUCGUUUGUGAUCCGACAAGAGGAUGUGUCGAUCUCUUACCUGCCGCUUGCCCACAUGUUUGAGAGGAUGAUUCAGGUCUCGAUGUUCUGCCACGGGGCCAGAGUAGGGUUCUACCAGGGAGACAUUUCUCUUCUCAUGGACGACAUUAAAACGCUCAAACCAACCUUCUUUCCUGUUGUGCCUCGUUUACUCAAUCGCAUCUAUGACAAGAUCCUGGGAUCUGUGACCUCUCCGUUGCGACGGGCUUUGCUUCACUACGCUGUGAGGAGAAAGCAGGCGGAGCUCAGCAGCGGAGUUGUACGUAACAACAGUCUGUGGGACAAACUGGUGUUCAACAGGAUUCAGGCCAGUUUAGGAGGUAAUCUGCGGUUCGCCCUGACUGCUUCAGCACCCAUCUCCCCCACAGUGCUGUCCUUCCUCAGAGCCACUCUGGGCUGUCUGAUCUUUGAGGGUUACGGCCAGACAGAGUGCACAGCAGGCUGCACUUUCUCCAUGCCUGGAGACUGGAGUGCAGGUCAUGUAGGUGCUCCCCUGCCCUGUGCCAAGGUGAAGCUGGUAGACAUCCCCGAUAUGAACUACUACGCUAAGAACGGCGAUGGAGAGAUCUGCAUUAGUGGCCCCAGUGUGUUCAAAGGCUACCUGAAGGACCCAGAGAGGACGGCCGAAGCCUUGGACAGUGACGGCUGGCUGCACAGCGGGGACGUGGGCCAGUGGCUUCCAAAUGGGACGCUACGCAUCAUUGACAGGAAGAAGCACAUCUUCAAGUUGUCCCAGGGCGAGUACAUCGCUCCAGAGAAGAUAGAAAAUGUCUACAUGCGUUGUGUUCCCGUACUACAGGUGUUUGUGCACGGAGAUAGUUUACAGUCUUAUCUCAUAGGCAUAGUUGUGCCUGACCCCGAGGUGUUUGUUGACUGGGCAAAAGAGCGAGGAUUCAUGGGAUCCUAUGAAGAGCUGUGCCAGAAUCCGGAUUUAAAGAGUGCAGUAUUAGAGGACAUGAGAGCUGUGGGGAAGAAGGCAGGUCUGAAGUCCUUUGAACAAGUGAAGGACCUUUACUUGCAUUCAGAGACGUUCAGCAUCGCCAACGGCCUCCUCACCCCCACGUUGAAAAGUAGACGUGCCGACAUCCGGAGAGUCUUUCAGGAACAAAUAUCAAACAUGUACAGCAAGACGGCCAUUUGAACAACAGUAAUUCACACACAACAGAUGGAAUUUAAAUCCUAUACAUCCAGCAGUGCCUUAUUUUAAAAUAUACAAUGUAUAUAUUUUGGAAUACUGGUAUUUUGCGUCAAAGAAGUUUGAAUUCAUGUCCAGCUCUUGCACAUUUGUGUAAUGUAUUAACUCCACGUGAAAAAUAACAGAAUGGGACCAAACUUCUUUUUUUAAAAUUCCAAUCCCACUGUUAUGUUUCACUAAAUUAGAGUUGUGAUUCACUGGGAGAUUUUACUGAUAAAUUAUUGUCUUGAUGUAGCGAUGAAAAUCACAAAGUUAUUAAGGAGCAAUCUGCAGAGACGUUUAGUUAGGCAUUAAAUUCACACUGCUCUGUUCUCGUCCCAUGCAAGGAUUAUUAAAAGGGACAUUGUUACGAUGUUGCUCGUAGGACUUGCAUUAACUGUAGGUUUGUAUUUUUAUGGUUGGGCCCUUGUAUCACCAUGACAUAAGCUUCUUGUUAUCAUCUUUGAUCGUAGCUCGAUGCUCGAGUAUUUCUCUAAUUGGUUCUGAGAGAUUUCAUAAUCCAGUGUGAGCAUGUAAUCCUUCAGCAGACGUUAACUGUUACUAUUCAUAUUAAUGAGGAUCUCAAUCAGAAAUGAUUUGUACAAAUAAAAAGGGGGCUGAACUGUACAUACUGCUUAUAUUGAGAAUUUUUGACAGGACACUACUGACUAAUUGCAGUUAAAUAAAAUCGAACAGAAAUAAAAAUUAGCAACUGAUGACUCUUUGUGUGAUUUAAAUUCUGCGACAACUCCUGCACUCGCUCUGAGAAAUAUGCAGCGGAUAUCCAAACUGAAAUCCAUCAAGGACACCGUGGUCGCUUGUCACACAGUUAAUUUAUUUCAUGAUUGACGAUACAUCGAGAUGAUGGCUGAAAACAUUGUCAUUUAACAGACUGUAGUGUUAAUACAUUUCAGAAACCUAAAUUAAAACCCACUCUAAUGUGUUAAAAAAAUUCUAUCACUUAAACUCUUCGUUAUUUAGAAAAACCUUCAUUAAUACAGACGUGUAACUCCAACACAAAGACAAUCAACUAAGCAUUUGUUUCAAUAAUCUUAAAAUAUGUCAAAGAAUAAAUAGUCAACUUCUUGGUAUGACAGUUUUAAAAAUGACACGGGAGCAACCAAUGUGUGCACGUCACUAUGUAGUCCCAUUAACCAGAGUGUGUUUAUCAUACUGAGGCCGUACCUGAUGACGGUGGAAACAAAGGAGUGCAAUGACGGUAUGAUUUGGUCCGAAAUUAAGAAAAGCCAGAAAAAAGUUAGCUUCCAACCCUGGUAUAGAGAGUACAGAGACAGGACUUUGUCUAUAGUGCCAACAAUGUGUGAGGUUCUUUGCUAACAAACUGAACCACCAACAAAACAACAAAGGAUGGAUGCUGUGCAUAAAAGGAAAAGGCGUGUCAUGAUCAAUAUUUACCACUAGAGGGAGCACCAGCCUUUGUUUUGGACAGUGAUUGGACUUCCACUUGUUCUCUUCCCAGCCCAAGUGGUCGACCUUUCAGCACCGCUGCACAGGCACAAUGUCACUUCACUCAAGUUAGUUCUCAUGUUACAUCCACAGUGAAGACAAUGUAGGCACAUUAUGCACAGGUGAUGUCAUCAAUAUCACCCUGUAAACCCCGAUUAAAAAAGCCCUCACACACAACAUGGCACUGAGCUAAACUUAGAGAUAACCAGCAAAGGCCAGAAUACAGAAAUACAUUUUCUUGCCGGUAACCUACAGUCCAUUACGUAACAUUCAGUCUGUAGUGUUGUUCUUUUCAAACUUGGGUAAUAAAAACGUUUUCACAGAUUGUUGGUAACGUUGCAGAUGUGACUAAUAAAAACAUUUCCUUGCUCAUUUCCUGCUUUAGAAACAAAUGCUUAUAGACAUCUCUGAAACCAAGAAGUGUAACCUGUUAAUUAGCUCUGACGGGAAUGGUUUGAUUCCUUUACUAAAAAAAAAAAACAA